GAUGGCGGAAGUGUCACAUGGUAUAAACCUUCUCCAGUUAGUGCAACAUCAAAUACAGCAGAAGUGCUACCCCCUGGCAUUGUACAGGUUUAUGAAGGAUCUUCUGUCACACUGAACUGGAACUUCAGUCUGUCAGUAGGUCUUGGUCUUGGUUUUGUCAUAAAAUUCGACACUGUUGGUAUAGUCAUCAUUGGAAGAGAUGGUUCAGCAGCAGGUCCUAUCAGAGCUGAAUUUCAGAAACGGUUCAACGUAAGCGCGACUCCACAAACAGCUUCUCUGUCAAUCUCUCCCGUCACUAUUGCUGACGAUAAGUCUAACGGAGAAUUUAGCUGCGAGUUAAAUGAUGCCAACGGUGAUACUUGGAAACGAGCAAUUCAGGUGCACGUCAUAGGUAAGCUUGAGAGUGUUGCUGACCAUAAGAAAGGCGUACCCUAACUGUAGUAUACUGUUAUCUGGGUCUUGUUUAAAUUCCAGUUUGAAAUUGGACAAUUUGAAUUCUUAUCGGAGAAAAAAAAUUUUACAUCCCUUUUAACAAAUUCAUUUAGUUUCAGUUUAGUUUAUUAAGAAUCAAAGACCUAAAGUGCAGAUAAAGUUUUAAGAGACACACCAAAUGUUUUGGACACGAGACAAGGUUUGUUUUUAAUGUUAUACCGAACUUUUAAGUACAAUGAUGCAAUCACAUGUAUGUGUCUUACAUACCAUUUGAGGUCCCAUGAGAAUCAAAGACCCAAAGUGCAGAAAAUAAAAGGCUCAAAAUUGGGAUGCUCCUUGAUAUAAGUGAAAAAAUAAAUUACAGCAUGAAUGGAUAAAGAUAACCCAAACUUCCUUCACAUUCUGCUUACCUCAGUAAUCAUAUGUAAUUGUCAUAAGAGUGUGAUAACAAAGUCACACAUGUGAUCCAGCUAGUAGUGAUGAUGUGACUACAAAGCAACAUUGAACUUUACUAUUUCCAUCAGAUUUUCCAACCCCUAACAUAGUGCUGUCUGCUAGUACUACAUUUGGCUACAUUCAAGAAUGAUUUGAUUUGGUAAAACUCACAUGGAAAACAUUGUAAAAAAGUAGUCAACCUAAAGAGAAAUCAAGCAAUUGAUUUUUAAAGGGUUCAAGGUAAAUUCAAAUCCAAAGAGGUGUUGAUUACCAUACGCUGGGCAACUUGCAUGUGUAAUUGCAGACAAAAGUCUUUUUACAAUGAAUAUAUUUAAAGUUUAUCAGAAAGAUCUUAAUAUACCCUCAUAGCAAGCAGAGGGUGCAAUUAUCUUUUGAAAGCUAGUUACUGACUUAAGAGGAUGUCUCCUCAAGCAAGUAAAUCAGGAAUAAAAUUCUACUGCUCUAAUAGAAUUUCACAAAAUUUCCAACAGGAGGGGUAUAUUUUCAAAUCUAUGAAGGGAAUUUUGGAUAUUUCUGUCAUUUGCUUCCUGGUUUUUCUUUCAAGUGUGCUCAUCAAAAUUAUGAUAUUAUGUACAUUUACCUGUACAGCAAAAUUAUUAUACUGAUGUGUGUUACAUUUGAGACCAUUGCAGUAGAUAAAUUAUGAAAAUUAUAAAUUCCUCACACUGUUUUUUGGUUUGUGUUGUUUGAGUCCUCAGGUGUAAUUUCAAGACUUUUAAGGUUUCAAUAUACCUCAAUAAUAUGUGAAAAGAAGGAACACUGGCAUAAAAACUACAUUGUGCAAUGAAUGCCAAAAGUCAUGCUCUACUAAUUUUUGAAUUUUUCCUAUAACCUUCCCCCAUUUGAAUGUUGUCUGGUAUUACAAAAUGGUCACCAAUUUCAGGCAAUGUUUUUGGGGGGAAGAAGGUGAGGCUUGCAAGUAACUUAUUAGAGAUGAAUCACAAGAUUUCUGUUUACUCUGUUGAUUGGAGGGCCGUCAUCCACCUACUUUUGGCACUUAAUGUACAGUGUAGGUAUGGUUUUUCCAUUUCAAAGUUUUGCACAGAUACAAUAUUACACUUUUGGGUGACCCCAUGUCAAGGUAUGGUUCAGUAUGCCAAUAAAAGCAUCCUAGAGAGUCCAAGGAGAGUCUCUGCUAGAUAGUUUCCUGCAAAACCAAAAUUUAUAGGAACCUAUCCAGCAAUUUCACAUGACGGACCAUGGUUCAAUUCCACUAGACAACAAUUUUGAUUUCAAGUUUUAUAGCAGCUUGAACUUGCAGCAGCAGCAUAUCUUGAUGGUUGCUGGUUGCAAGCAAUCAGGGAAGAUUGCUUAAACCACAAGCCCUUCUCCAUUUCAACAAUAUUUUAUUGUCAUUCCUCUUUGGAUUUCUUUAACUUCUUGCUCUGACACCCAACCUCCUGGCUCACAGUCAUGGAAUAUUUUCCAGUCCAUCUUUACCCCUUCACAGCCUACUUUUAUAUGCUAAGGUAUGGCAAAGAUCACCAUAUGCAACUGAAACUAGGAGAUGUUUCCAGGAUUAAAAUCAAGAAUCAUGAUGUUUUGCUGCCAAAAACUGUGGGAAUCAUUUAUGGUGACACAUUAAAAUUGGCCAUUCACGCUGUGGCGGGCCAAAGAAAUUGUUUUUUAAAAGACAUAUUUUUGUAAAUAACUCCCAUGAAUGUCAAUAUUAAUUUCUACAAUUAUUAUUUCUUGGAAACUGCAGUUAAAAUAAUAAUGCUUAGUUUAGCUGAGAAAAGAAUUCAGAAACAUUUAGUGGCCUUUUGAAGGUGUACCAAAUUUGUUAAGGCAGGCAUAUUAAAUUACUUUAAAUGGAUUAUAAUUCAGGGACUGUUUUUGUAUUAUAUGCACAAUCAUAACACAUGUGAAUUUCCUUUGCAUGUGCAAGACUUGCAAAGAAUGUUUGAAAAUCAUGUAUUAUAACUUUUGCAUGUUGCUUAUCUGUGUGCAUGCCAUUCAAUUAUCCUUGAAGUUUACUUGUGAUUGUUUGAUUGCUCUUAGUUCCGAUAAAUAUCACUGGGAUUAGAGGUGAACCAACUGUUCUUGAAGGCAACAAUUUGCAGUUAAUCUGUGAAGUAUCAAGUCAAGUAGAACCAAACAUCACCUGGACCAAAGAGAAGCCUGGGAACCAUGGAAAUGUUGAUGUGGUGCAAGAAGGAAAGGUGCUGACUAUAACAAACAUCAAAAGGACUGAUGCAGGAACAUUUACCUGUACAGCAUACAAUGGUUUUGGUAAACCAAAGAACCAAACAGUUUAUGUGAAUGUUAUUUGUGAGUAUGCAUUGAAAAAAACAUUGACUAAUGUUAAACAGAGAUGCACUUUCCAUAUAUUUUCUGUGUUGUAAUGUACUAUGCUAAGAAUUACUUUUAUUGAUGCUUGGCUAAGUACAUCCAUGCAGGGCUCCAAGCUAAAUUUUUCAAGAAGUCACCUUUGGCAACCUUCAAUCUUAAAAUGGUUGCUAUAAAACAAAUAACUGAACAAACAAAAAACUCACAUCAAAGGGAGCAUAUUUCAUGCUGCAUUACUAAAGGUAUUUGGUAAACCAGAUGGCAUGAUUGCAAAACUUUCAUUUGUCAACUUGAUUUAUUCACUCCCUUGCUGAUUAAAAGAUUGCAAUAAUGGUCAAGAGAGUGACAAUGAAUGAAACUGAUGUCUAGAAGUAGAAACGAUUUGCUUCAAAGACCCAUGUUUAAAACAAAUUUGGUUUAGUGCUCAGGCAAGAAACAUCUCUAGUUAAAGUGACCUAAAAUAGUGGUUUUAAAGCCUUCGAUAUUGUGAAUAGCAUCUUUAAUCACCAGAUAUUUAGUCACCAGACUUCUUACUGUAAAAAUUGAAGGUUAAAAGGUUACGUUAAUUGGUACUGGAGGAUACUUUGGCCUUUUUCGGAACUGGCCCUUUGUCAAGAAUUUAACUUUUCACAACUUUUAAUCUCAUGUGGUGUAACGAAAUAGAAUACAUGAUUUAUAUUCACUUGCUUUCAGUUACAAGGCGUCCCGAAAAUUAGAAAUACUAUCCAAAGUUUUUGGGAUAAAAAUGCACUUUGUAUUUCAUUUUCAUAUGGUCACACAUGAAAUGGAUGUGUCAGAAACAUUAAAUACAGGAUAAAUCAUUGACAGUUUGAUCAAGGAUCAACAAAUUUCUUCCUAAAAGUUUACUCUUUUUUUUAAUCUUUUGGUCGUCAAUUGGCAACUUUUGUUGAAAUUUUAGUUGCAAAAUGUGUUUUUCACCCACCACGAGGACCAAAUUGGUUCACAGCUUGGAGCACUGCAUUUUCUGGGAGGUAUUAAUGACCACCUCGGUAAAUAUAAACCCUUCUUAAAAUUGAGAUUACAUCUUGUGUUAGGAGACUCUAGUCCUCCACUGUCUCUGUUAGCAGAUAUGUUGAGUUUAUGUUGGUUAGAUAAUGUGUAACAAUCAGUUGAUCAUAUCUGGCAAGAUCUCAGUUCAAAGAUUUGAAAUAUCACCUCCAUGGUUUUCUCAGUGUCAAGCUGAUAAAGUUCUCUGUUAAAUUAUUGGAUACUAUAAAAAUUUGAUCACUAGUAAUUUAUUUAACAUGCAACUCUGAAUGGCAAGAGGAUCACUGGAUAAAGAAUGCCUGCUUAUAUGUAUAUGUAAUGGUGUGUUUGAACCCUGUGACUUGUAGCACAAUCAUCAUGCCCAAAUGUGUAACAUAGGGUAUUUUCAUGAAAAUGUAAAAAGUAUGCCAAAAAUACUUUUAUUUGCUAGAUAUACUUGCUAAUUUACGUUCUAAAAAGAAUUAGUGAAGAUUUCAAUGUUUGUUCGGUUUUUAAAGCUUAAUUACUGAUUACCCACAAUCCUUUGCGGGCGUGGCAUUUGACUGUAUCACUAGAUUUCACUGGCCAUAAUGGCUGAGUUACAAAAAAAAUUAAUUAUAAUAAUAUGUAAUUAUAAUAUUGAUUAUAUUUCAACUAUCUCUAGAUUUACAAAGAAGCAAUUAUUUCUUCAUUGACAUCUACAGGGACUUUGUAAAUGUUAUUCCUCUUUCUCUGUAGUUCUCCACACACACCUGAAUUAUUCAUAAGAACUCCCCGCAUACAUAGAGGAGAGGUUACAUAGGAGACCGUGGAUGUUUGUUGCUUGAUUUCAACGAGAAAAUCAGGCGUUUUUCGAGCGCUAUUUGUGCGGAUUUCAAUGUAGAGCGGGCUUGAAAUUUGAUCGUUACACAUUGAUAAACAGAAAGCGAGAGUGAAUUUAGGUUUCCGAUUUAUUUUGCUUUGAAUAUCUUCGUUUGUAUUGUAUGUAUGGCUGUAAAACUUUGAGGAUUUGUAGUCGAACACGUGAACUUUGCUUGGGAGUUGUCUCAGCAGCCGAGGUGAAGUAAAAGCUGAAAUACGGGCAUUUUUGCUGGUAAGUGGUGUUUGAUUUUCCGUGUUUAAAAAUAAACAAUAACAUCGUUUCCGAAACCAAAAAUCACUUAUUUCUUCUUUGCAGUUAGCUCUUUUUAAAAGUUAGUUUAGAUGAGGGUAAGUAAGUGUUUGAACCUUACUCAGACGAAUCAACUUUCUUUGUAGGCGUAUAUUCAAGAUGCUAGACCCGCACAUGUACCAUGCAAAGCUCUGUUGGAUCUGCUGCGUUACACAAGCAAACAACAGCGACUGUCUUCAAGUUUUUUAUUCCUGUUCUUUUAAAAACGAACAUUUAACUCUGUCUCUUGGCAUAAGGUGUAUUUAAGCCCUACUCAAUAAAUGAGCAUAAUGGAAGUUUCUAAUUGAUGUUGUUUUGAGUACGAAAUUUACCUUUAUUUUCGGGUUUAUGCAAAUGAGAUGUUACACGUUACAUUUAUAAUUUGGGUAUAUUUUCCAGUAUCUUUAAUAUUUUUCAAUUCUUACAAUAUUCCAAAAGGCAACACAAUUAUUUUUUUAUUAAACUGCAAUCAUCAGAGAAGCAAAAUGACAAGUUUGAAAACAAUCUGUCCAUUGCUGAUCAAGAUAUUUUCAAAUAUUUCUGAACAACCCUGAAUGGGCGUGAUGAUCAUGCUACAAGUCUUUAGCUAUUAACGACAAGUCACUCUGAUGUAUCUUUGUGUAGAUGCUGUUUUCUAAUCUGGUUUUUCAUUUUCCAAUUUGAUGUACAGAUCCAGCCACGAUUAUUAAAUUUCAAACUGAGUAUUUUGUUGGUGUACAACAAAGUGUGACUCUUAACUGUGAAGCAGAAGGAAACCUUCCAAUUUCUUACAAGUGGAUUCCAUGUGACCCAGAACAAGUUUGUAACAAGAACAGUCUUGGUAUUUCACAGAUACUCAGUGAUGCCAGCUAUACCUGCAGAGUGGCCAAUGUACAUGGACCUGAUAUGAAAACUGCCAUUGUUUGUAAGUUGCAUUGUAGUCCUGCAUAUAAAGCUGUAGCCUCAUACUUCUACCAACAUGACAUUUUGACUGGGUUCUAAGAGUUAAACCAGGGACUUAUCAAAAGGAAUACCUUUAUCAAUAAACAUUAAUUUUUGAGAAAUUUGUUAGCAUUGUGCAAGAUUUUUCAGCACUUUGUGAAUUACUGACAUGCUUCAGGUUAUUAUGACAUAAUGGGAUUGUACAUAUGUAGAGAAAGAUAGAUUUUAUAGCCAUUAUCCCAUUUCACAGACAUUGCAGGAAAUGUGAUUAACAUAACCAUUGUCAUUACAAGUGAAAACUGCACAGACGAAAAAUACAACAAAUCCUCAUUACUGAGAAAAUUGGAAGAAGAGGUAACUAUAUUUACUAAAAUAAUGCCUAUGCUCAGUGUAUUAUUUAAUAUCUAUUUAUUCAUUAUAAAUAACUGUGAAUAUGUGAGUCAUGUAUGUGAACUGCAGAUAAAAAUGUGAAAAUGAAAGCAAUCUUUGCAGUAAUGAACACUACCUGAGCAGUAGUGAAAAUAAGGCCCGAAAUAAAUUCAGGCCUGUACAGGAUUUGAACCCAUGACCUCUGGGAUACUGGUGCAGAUUAUUCGUCACUUUAUGGGUUUAUUUGGAACCAACAUAAUGACCAGCUCCCAGUAGGCAUGUUAGCUCAGUCAGUAGAGCAUUUCACUGGUAUCACAGAGGUCAUAGGUUCAAAUCCCAUACAGGCCUAAAUUGCUUUCAGGCCUUAUUUUCACCGCUGCUCAAGUAGUGUUCAUUACUCCAAAGAUUGCUUUCAUAUUCAUGUAUUUAUUUAUUGUUAUUUAGUUCAGGGUCAGAGACUGAUGUGCUGACUGUAUAUUGAUUGAAAGGAAAUUCAGCUUCUGGAGAAUGCAUAAAGAAUAUUUAGUUUAAUUCUACAGUGUUUCUUAUGUUUCUAGAUUGCAUUCAGUCUUGAGCUCUGUCAAACCUUGAGCUUAAAAGGCUUUUCACAGUCUUCUUAUUACUCAGUGUUUGCUCAUGCUUUUUAUUUAGGGCUUUAAUUGGCCAGGUGCAUUUUUGCCCCAAAUAAAAUAUGAAGCAUGUGACUAGAAGAAGAACUUUUUAAUUGAAGUAGCACUUUUAAAGAAACAGUCUGAGCAGUACUCAGAGACUUAUUCUUGGCUGAUUCUUUGAAAAACAGUCCUAUUCAAUGCGAUCAUAAGUAGUAAAUAAUAUUCAAUAUCAUCCUCAUUUUUACUUAUGUACAUGCGCAAUACAUGUGUGAUACAUGUACACAAACAUUUUUAGAUGAAUAGUUGAAUUUUUACUUGCAGCUCAAAAGAGCAUUUGUUGGUAAACUUGAUUACCAAAGAGUGGAGUCAAUGAGUGUUAGGUAUGUAAAUUAAGGUGCUCAUGUUCCCAAAUUUUAUUUACUUAUUAAUUGUUUUUUACUUUUUUUGUUGUCUGUUUUAUAUUUCAUGUCUCCCUAAUCGUCGCUUGUUUUCUGUUCCAAGGUGUGGAAGUAUAAUUGUUGACCUUGGACUGAAAUUCAACUCCAUUACAAAGGAACAAGAUGUUCUCAUAACACUUAAUGACGCUCUUAAAGAUGGAAACCUGGGAGAGUUUAGUGUGGGUUCUAUAAAAGGGACAAGGCCUGAUGUGAAACCAACAAGUGGAGGUGCCACAUCACCACCUGAUUGGUCCUCUGGGGGUAAGUCCUCAUAACACUCCAUGUAAACGUUUUGUAAGUUGAUUAAUGAAUGACCUUGCCCUGUACAUAGUUGGAAGGAAUCGAUACUGUAGCAGGUUUUUACAGAGAUCUGAAAGCUUGGUGUAUAAUGAUAAGAUAAAAAUGCCAACAAUAACCACAAUGACAAUAAAAGUUGUAAUCAAAACUAGAAAUAAAUUCUAGUAUACGCGCCAUGCUUGUAAUUGGACAGUGUACUAGGAGAGUGUAUGCGUCAUGCUUGUGUAAUUGGACAGUAACGCUUCAUUUACUCGUGCACAUGCUUCUGUUUUGGAUUUUUCCUUAGGGCUGCCAUGUGGGAAGAGAGAAGGUAAACUACUAUUCAAAGACAAAUGACUUUGUAAACAUAAAGUAACAAGUCAUUUAAUCCGGUUAAGUACUCUCCCGAUACCUAUGCCAUUAAGUUUUCUGAAAAUAUACAAAAUGAUUUACUGUCUAACUGAAUCGAGCUUUAAUUUGUAAAUAGAAGGACACAAUUUUGCUUGUGUUGUAUACCUCAAUACUGUUGCAUCUUUCUGGGUGGAAAAGCAGGUGGCUCUGUUAUUUUAGCCGAAUAUUAAGCUUAAAAGGGUCGGAUAAUUUUUGAUGUGAAUUUUCCUUCUGCUUUUUUUGUAAGCUCUUGCAUAAACAGAAUUUGUGUCCCCCCUCCCCUACUUUUUCUGAACAUGCGUAGUAUGGCCUGUUCAGUUCCAUAUCUUUAAUGAACAGUGAGAAGAAGAUAAAUUAAGUUCUGACUGAAUUCCAAAAGUUUCCUAACCAAAACAGGAGUACGGAGGCAGACCCGUAAUGUUAAAAUCAUGUAAUGUCUUAAGAUUUAGAUGAAGUGAAAGGUGCAUCUGCUAUUUACAAGCUAAAUUAAAGUUGUUACGCUGUUGCAUGGAAUGGUUAACUAUCGCCUGUGAGGUUUGUAUUUUCGUUUUCAAUUACAAUCUCAGUGGAAAAAGGGUUCCUUUGUGAAAAAUGAAACUUAAUACAACUGAAGUUCGACCAAAUUGUUUGGCUUGAGAAGAUACGCUUUCACUUACAAAAAUUUAUCUCAAGUUUAUCACGCUUUGUGGGUACCAUAGGUGUUAUUGUUGGUGCUGUGUUUGGAUCAGUUGCUGCACUGGCUGGUGCUGGAAUAUUAGUUUGGUGGACUUGUAGGAAAAAGAGGCGUAACACGAAAGGCACUGAAGGUAAGUGUUACAUACAUGUUAUGCUCUCAAAUGAACAAUAGUUUUAGAAUCUCAGUAAUAUUUUUUCCUUUUUCUAAGACUAAGCACUAGCUUUAGUUCACUAUCCUCUGCAUGAUGAUCUUUAUUCAAGCAUCUUUAUUUUUAACAGAUAACUUUUAAAUAGUGUAUUGUUAACUAAUAAUUAAUGUUUUGUUAUAUAAUAUGCUGAUAGCUAAUUAAUAAAAGUCAAAAGAUCGCGCUUGAAAUUGUUUACUUUAUGACUCAACUUGAUGGGCAUCAAACAGACUUUACUUUGCUUGAGCAAGAUAAUUUUGUUUGAUGUCAAUUGUUCAUCCAUUAUUUGUUUUAUUUUCCUUUGCUUUUUAUGAUUCUUUGUCUCGUUUUUCCACUACAGAGGUUGCGAUGAGCAGAAGGUGAGAUUUUUGUAUCGAAAUGGUGCUGUUUACUUGCGUUGUUCCUUAUGGCCCAAUCUGUGUAACAAUUUAUCACCCAUACUAUUCUUCACAUGAAUAUCCAAUAAUAAUGAUAGAUCAUGUAAGACACUCGCUAGCCAAAAGGCACUCUUUCGCGGGAGAGAUAUCAUUACAGCAGUUGUAAUGAUUUUCACUUGCACAAUAAUCAACAUCUUUUUGAUCCGUUAACACAAAAAUAAACAAGAACAUCAACUACAAGUGUACUUACUUUUUUCAUCUAAUGAAAGGUCGCUGUGUGUUACUUCAGGCCCAAGGAAUAGUUUUCUAGGUGUCCCCUAUUAGUAGAGCGAUUUUCCCUUAGCGAUCUCACUUUAUGACAGGUGAAUAUAGGGUCAUUAUUAUUAUUAUCAGUAUUAUUAUUAUUAUUAUUAGUAUUAUCAUAUUGCAUUUUAUUUAUUACUACUAUUUAAUGUUUUUAUCGUUGUUGGCAGAUUUUAAAGAGGAAUUAGUGAAAAGAUGUUAAAUAUUGGUAGUGAUUGCUGAUAGUAAUAGUAAUAAUAAUUAGUAGAGAAACAUUUUCGUGGAUUAUAGUUCAAGAGAUAUUGAGACAUUAUGAUUUUUUCUUUUCUUUCUAACAGAUGUAUUAGUAUUAUCAUUAUUAUUACUAUUAUUAUUAUUAUUACUACCAUUGCUAUUGCUCCAAACAUAUUAUUUUCAAUAGACAGGUCUAUGUCUAUAUGGCUGACAAUUUGUAAAGCCUUCAAAAAGAAAUUUUAGUGAGGUGUCUACAGAAAAAGUCUGUUUUUCCUCGGUCACCAAGACCGGCCACUUUGUGCACAUGAUCCUUUUCUACUCUGCUCGUUAUUGAGGGGAAUAAAACUUUCAGUACUUGAACAUUGCUUUCAAUGAGAUUUGAAGUAGGUGGCUACCUCUGUAAAGCACCCGCCGGAGAAUGUAAUUGUAUACAAUUUCCCUCUCGUUAGCCCAUUAGUUCCCGGCAUUCAGAAUAAACUGGCUUCAAAUGGAGUUUUUUUGUGUUAAACUUCGUUAAAUAAUCAUGAAAUAUUUGAAUUUUCUUUGUAACAAUUUUUGCAACUCAUCGUUUUACUUCUGAUCAAAAUCUUCCAUUCGCUGACAUGCAAACCUGCUCCCUGAGUUUCACACAAAAGUCCUCUGAAAGGAAGGUUACUGUUUACUGAAAUUUGAGUCAGAAUGUUCUUGGAAAUUCUGAAUCUUUUUUUCCUGGAAAUUUCGUGUAAGAACGCAAUAAACCAGUAACCAUGAGAACAUAGUCUUCCUCGCUUUUUACCGCAAAUGCAGCUUUUUUGUAACUGAAAGUUAGACGCCAAGUGUUUAAUAGCUGUUUUUGUUCCUCUCUUUGUAAUUAAGCCUCGGGUAAGCGUUUUUAUGCAAACUUCUGAAAAAUGGACAAGUACGCUAUUUUGUCGAUUUUGACUCUCGAGUUUGUUUUCUAACCAGCAGUUGAGAAGAAUUGUCUAAAAAUAUUUGAUGAUAUUAGUUCACCACAAAGUUGGUUGAAAAUGAUUUAAGUAAACGACGAUGUGCACUUAGCGCUUGAUGAAUUUAUGUUAAACAUGCGAAACAAGCAGAAAAAGAAAAUUCCCAGUCAAAGAAUGAAUCUAAAAAUCAAAGACCACAGAAUUUGAAAAAUAAGCAAGGUGAAUAAUCCAAUACUAAAAUUAAUACUGUUUUCUAUGUUACUUGUUAAUUUUUUUGUUCUUAAAAUUGGACUUGGGCGUUGAAAGUAACCGGCGAUUCACAACAAUUCUUAUCAAAAGCAAUGCAUGAAUGUAGAGGAUGCGAAAUCCUCUCUGGAAAUUCAGGGCAAGUCCACUCUAAAGGUCUGACUGUAGCCGAGCCUGCAUCUGUUUUCCAGCUGCGAUUUAACUGGAAUUAGCUUUCUGGAAAGUUUUUCUGUUAUUUUGGAAUUUCCAGGCAGAGGGGAUUGAUUUUGUUGCGUUCGACGAAGGAGAACGCAUGCUUUUCGUGUCGUUUUUCCGGAAAUCACUCUCAAGGGUUUUAUGGACCAGUCUCAAGGGGAUCGGUCGUGAUGCUAUGCGAUUUCAGGAAUUGGCGCCAUUUUGGACUAUUGCCAUGUGGCACAAAUAGCCUCGAUCUCAUGUGGAAGUGCUUUCUUGGCUGCCUUGAGCUGAGGACACCACUUUUUUUUCUGCGCAAUCAGUACAAUAAAAAAACUUUUAUUAGGGAUCGAACGCACUUUUCUAAUCUUUGAUUAUUACUAGUUUUAUAAUAUAUUUGUGUUGUUGUUUCAGAACAUUUGGAAAUUCAAAUGAUGAAAGAAGAGAAAGUACAAAUGUAGGUCAAACGAUGAAAUCUUUUACCUUUUAUAGAUAUAUCUUCCUGUGGUUUAAGCCGCUUUUUUUCUUAAGUUGCUGCCUUUACUGAGUCUAUUUUCAUUGCGGUUUACAGUUUACCCAAACCCAGAAAGUUAUGAUCCACAAGGAAUAUACGUCGAUCAUUCCUUGAUACAUUAAAAUACGUCAUUCAAGUAAAUACGGGAGUAUUUUAUGAAAUUGAAAACAAUUUUUUUCUAAGAUUGUAGUCGAAUUGCCUAAACCUUCUCAAAGCCAUUACAUGGCACUGGAUGACAGAGCUCGUUCACAAGUGAUGGAAGAUGCUAGUCCACUCAGCAAUGAACAAAUCAGCGAGUACGCUUCUCUUGAUCCAUACACACGCUCCUGUGAGAUUCCUAGAGAACAUGUGACGAUAAAGCAGAUCGUUGGAAAAGGUGCUUUUAGUCUGGUUGCCAAGGCAACAGCCGAUAACCUUCAAGGAAGAACCAAGAAGACGCUCGUAGCUGUUAAAAUGUUGUCAGGUACCAAGUAAUACUGAAAUCAUGUUGUAUUUCAUGGUGUUUGAUCAGACUUAGAGAUCUGUUCAGAUUUUUCUGUUUUCUGUCCAUUAUUUUCUGUUUUUAGCUGUUAAAGAUAUUAUGUAAAUGAUCCCCCUCAAAUGAUGGUUACAUUUCCGAGCCACAGCGCUUUACGUUGAUGAAGAAAAAUUUAGUAAUGGAUCAUAAAUGAGUUCAGACUAUAUCUUUGUGUGCAAGUUUUUAAGUGUGUAGAAAACGAUUUUGAAUCGAAGUAAGAGAAUUUGCUAUCUGAACUUGAAUUGAUGAAAAUUAUUUGUUUUUGAGUUUAGAAAAGCACCUGAAAUAUGAUGUACGGUAGAGAUGGAUGGUAUCUAUCUUCCUAUCUAUCUACCUAUCUGUAUAAUUACCUUUCUAUCUACCUAUCUAUCUAUCUAUCUAUCUAUCUAUCUAUCUAUCUAUCUAUCUAUCUACCUACCUACCUACCUACCUACCUACCUACCUAUCUAUCUGUGUAGCUAUCUAUCAAUCAAUCAAUCAAUAAAUGUAUCUCUUUAUCUGUCUAUCUAUCGAUCUAACUAUUUAUUUGUUUAUCUAAAUAUUUAUCAAUAUAUCUAUAUCUACCUAUCUAUCUAUCUACCUACCUACUUACCUAUUUAUCAGUCUAUUUAUCUAUCUGUGUAGCUAUCUAUCUAUCAAUCAAUCGAUCAAUCAAUCAAUGUACUUCUUUAUCUGUCUAUGUAUCUAUGUAUCUAUCUCCCUAUCUGUGUAUCAAUCUAUCAAUCUAUCUAACUAUUCAUCAACUCAUUUAUUUAUCUUCAUAUCUUUACAUCUGUAUAUCUGUCUAUAUAUCUAUAUAUCAGUCGGUUUGUUGGAGUGUCUGUCUCUAUCUAGCUAUCUCUCUCUCUCUUUUCAUCUAUUUAUCCAUCUAUCAAUCUAUCUAUCUAUCCAUCUAUCAAUUUAUCUAUCUAUCUAUCUAUUCAUCCAUCUCUCUAUCUACCUAUCUACCUAUCAAUCUUUCUAUUUAUCUAUCAGUGUACUUUUAUCCAUAUAAAUGGCAUAGUUGAAUGAUGUUUGUGAUUUUAUGUGAAAUGUUAUUUGAAGAUUAUUGAUCGAAAAUUAUGUUGCAGAAAACGCUUCUGAAUCAGAGAAAAAGAAUUUGCUAUCUGAACUUGAAUUGAUGAAACAACUUAAACCUCAUCCUUACGUGAUCAAACUCCUGGGAUGCGUUACCAAAUCUGGUAAGUACUGAAAUGUUUAUUAUCAGCUUGGGACCUAAAGAGACCCAACUUUUCUUACACCCAGAGCUCCGCACAUUGCUCGAAGUGUAAGUUACACAAGGUCAACUUUUGGAAAAUCCUUGACCGACGCUUAAAGCUUGGCCUUAUUCUAUUCUUGCAUGCACUUGUCAGGUCUGGAUAGGGCUUCUCAGACAGCAGAGAAAUAGUCACAUUUUUAUACAGUCCGUUAAAUAGCAGCGUGUGUCUACUCAAUAGCUGAGAUGUAAGAUCAGCAAAAUUUAAUGAUGGGUCAUAAAUGAGUUCAGACUAUACCUUUAUGCGCAAGGUUUGCGCGAAUAUUGCGCAUAUGAGCCGCUCCGAUAUAAAUAUAGAGAGCGGGAACCUUUCCAGUAGUAGACCACGAAGGUGAAAGAUGACCUGCCAUCAACAAAUUUAAAGUUUAAUGCGUAGCAUCGACAUCUUACCCCUUUAUAAUUCAUUUUCCGAUUUUAGAAACUUGUGGCCACCUUGCUUUUAAAAUAAAUUUCAAGGAUUUUAAAUAUUAACGUAUUUACGGUAGUCAAUAUCUUAUUUUCUUAUCUUCGUGAAAUGGACGUCGUACUCUUCCAAGUGGCGGCGGCGAUUAUUGGAGGGCGACAUUUAUUCGUAGUUCUGCUUCCAUGUGUGGCGUUUAAUCAGUAUUGGCGUUACCUUGUUUGUCUUUCUAGAGCCACUGUUGGUGUUGAUCGAAUACGUUCCCUUUGGGGAUCUGCUGGGUUACCUGAGAAAGAGCCGUGGAUUAAGUGACACUUACUACAAAGACCCGGAUAUCAAACCACAAACAAAUCUUACUUCUCAGCAGCUGAUAAAGUUUGCUUGGCAAAUCGCCGAUGGAAUGUCUUAUUUGUCAUCGAUACCAGUGAGUGAUGUAACUAUUCUUUGAGUGAUGUCUUUAGAAAAUAAGGCUCACACUCAUUAUACCUCACUUAUUAUUGACUCUUGGACUCCGCAUUCCCAAUGAUGCCAUGUCAUCCCAUGUCAGUUGUCUCUUAAUUCGUUAAAGGGUGUUUUCCAAAAGAAACAUCUUCGCUUUGUUGAAGGUUAUCCAUCGAGAUCUUUCAGCUCGUAAUGUGUUGGUUGGAGAAGGGGAAAUGUGCAAAGUGACGGACUUUGGAAUGGCCAGAGAUGUGCAAGAGGACAACAUUUACGAAAGAAAAACCAGGGUCAGUAUGAAUUAUUUUAAGAAAACACAUGAUGUUCUUGCAAGCCUUGGAUUAUGUGGCUGAAUAUGCCUCACUGGAGUGACUGCUUAAAGAAAACAAGCUCAGUAAAUCCUGGUUAGUUUAAAGAACCUUCGUGACACUGUUCUCGCCAUUUGGAGCAUUGGCACUCUAAAGGACUACGCCAACUCCUUGCAUUUUUGCUUCUUAUUUAGGGGCGUCUCCCUGUAAAAUGGACUGCCAUCGAGGCGUUGCUUUACGGAAAGUACUCUACCAAGAGUGAUGUGUGAGUACAAUGAAGACAUGGGCACUGCAUAUAGGCUUAAUGAGAUUGUUUUGUAUGAAUUGUUUUCGAGUCUGGGAAAAGUUAUUGGGUCAUUACUGUAUUCUGGUCUUUGUAUUUUCUUGAUGUGAGGUCAUCUCAGGAGGGAGUGGUUAUGCUCAUUUUCCUUAAACUCAUCCCGUUUGUUUUACAGGUGGAGCUACGGAAUUCUUCUCUAUGAGAUUUUCACAAUUGGUAAGUUAUUCCGGCUAGUCUGGAGUUUUCAGUUUUGGCCCUGUGUUUCAUAACUACCAAGCUGGUUCAGAUUGCCACAGUCCCUGGACUUGACCGGAAGAAUUAAUGACCAAUGAUACAAAAAUGAAUCGUUAUUUGAAAAUAUUUUUACAUAUGUAAAGAUUUUCAUUUUAGAAUAUGUUAACAUUACCUACUCCAAUUCAGGUGGUUCACCGUAUUCACGAAUGGAUGGAAGAAAAAUUGCAAACUUACUUCAAGAGGGAUACAGAAUGCCUAAACCACAACAUGUGGAUGAUAAGUUGUAUGUUAAUAUGAUGUUGCUAUUGUUGGUUUUUGGUUUUUCUUGUUUGUUUGUCCUGCUUUUGUUCGGGUUGCAUGUGCACCUCCAGAUUUAACAUUUUUACUUGUUGAACCAGCCUAACGUAGGGAAAUGAAAGGAGUACAUUAUCACGAGUUUAUAACUGUGUUAUAUACCUUUUCUACUUUGUUAUAAAAGAGAGGAAAUUUGCGACCAAAAAAGCUUGUUCAUCGAGAAUAGGUUGGACCUUUUCUAAGCCACCAAUGACAUACCGAGAUAUUCAUAACAUCCUUGUGUUUCAGGUAUGAAAUAAUGACGAAAUGUUAGAGAGACGAACCUAACUUGAGACCAUCUUUUGAGAAGUUGAGAAACAAACUCAGAGAGAUGGAAAACCAGCAAAAGGUAGAACUGAAGAGUUUGCAAAGAGACUCACUCUCUUUUUUUUUUUUGAAAAUUUGA